GAGAGCUGCUGCUUUUUUCUUCUCCCCGCAAGUGCCGUUGAUGAGCGGGUCGGGACGGCGCUGGGCUGCGCUCGGGCCCGGCAGCUGCGGCUGGUUGGCACCUUCCCCGCCCCCCCGGCCACCUCCAGGUGACCCCGGCGCGCUUACAAAUAGCCACGCGGCCGCCGCUCCUACCUGCACCGCGCACCGAGCUCCCCGCCCCGCACCGCGCCCCGCACCCGCACGGCCCCCGCGCACCAGGAGGGGAGGCAAGGACUGAGCGAGCGAGAGACAGAGGACGGAAGAGGGGGGCGGAAAAAGCAACCCCCUCGUCCCGUGCGGUCUCUGCACAAAGACGGUCCCGAGGAGCCGGGCGAGCCCGCUCUGCCCCGCCGCCCCCACCAUGAGCAGCCUCAACAAGGAGGGCGAGCACAGCAACAGCACCACCAACAUCGAGGAAGAGGUACGGACACUGUUUGUCAGUGGUCUUCCUGUCGACAUCAAACCCAGAGAGCUCUACCUGCUCUUCCGACCGUUCAAGGGUUAUGAAGGGUCACUGAUCAAGCUAACAUCAAAACAGCCAGUUGGUUUUGUUACCUUUGAUAGCCGGGCUGGUGCAGAAGCAGCAAAGAAUGCCUUGAACGGCAUCCGCUUUGACCCAGAGAACCCCCAGACCUUGCGGUUAGAGUUUGCUAAAGCCAACACUAAGAUGGCAAAGAGCAAGCUGAUGGCCACACCAAACCCCACCAACAUCCACCCUGCCCUGGGCGCGCACUUCAUCGCACGGGACCCUUAUGACCUGACUGGAGCAGCUCUGAUCCCAGCAUCUCCAGAGGCAUGGGCUCCCUAUCCACUGUACACCACAGAACUAACCCCUGCCAUCCCCCAUGCUGCCUUCACAUACCCAGCUGCUGCCGCCGCUGCUGCUGCCCUUCACGCUCAGAUGCGCUGGUAUCCUCCCUCUGAAGCUACCCAGCAAGGAUGGAAGUCUCGUCAGUUUUGUUAGCUCUUCGAGUCUCUUCUUGGCUUGCAUUCUUCCCUUUUUGUCUCUCCAUGGAGUGAUGUGCCAGGGAUGAAGCAGUGGAUCAAUCAAAAUCCCUUUGGUUUAUUUUGUAGGUAUCUGACAAGGUGCCAAGUCUGCAGUAACCUCACACUUCUCCUUUUACGGAGCUGUGGGAUUUCCCUCCCCUUCCCCUCAAAGACUGUGAAAAUAUAUAUAUAUAUCUGAACCCAACUCAGUGGACUGCAUUCUGUGUCUGCUUGACCCCCUCCCCUCACCUGCCUCCCUUCCUGAGGCUCCAUGACUGAGUUUCUCCUUUCUCCUACACUGAAGCCUAGUUGGAGAAGCUCAAUCCUGGUGGUGGACAGGUUUGUACCCAAUGAGACACUAGUGCCAUUGGAGGCCUUGCUGUUUCCAGAGCAAUACCCAGGCCUGCCUUGUCCUAAACGUUUGUUUAUGCAGCUCUGCCGAAGGAAAUGAAAGACAAUCGGUUUUGCAUGUUUUUCUGGCAUGAAUUAAAACACUUAACUUGUGUA